AUGCCCUUCUUAAGCUCGGUUAGACAUCUUGGUUCAUCAUCGACAACGGUCAAAGUUAAGAAAGCAACUGAUGACAGUGAACACAAUGGUGCAUACGGUUCUCUCAUGAAUGAAAUAGCCAUACUUACGUACAGUCCAAAUACACUCAGGGAAAUCACACAAGUAUUAAAAAAGAGACUAGUUGGCAAUUACAAGAAAACCCCGUCCAAAAGGGCAGUUAACCUUUUGAAAACCUUGACUCUGAUCAGAUUUUUAGUUAUCAACGGCUCAGAAGAAUGUAUUGCUUGGCUAAGGCGACAUCUAGUGCUCAUUAGAAGCUUUCAAGAUUUUACCCUACGUGAUGGCGAAAAAAAACAGAUGGUCAAUCAAAUUCAGCUCUUAUCCUGCAAACUUUGCCAACUCCUUACAGAUUCAAACCUUUUAGAAGAUAUGAGGAAAGAAAUCACCAUCUUUCGUACAAGUAUCACUACCCCAGGAAGAAAGUCUACGGACGCAAAUUAUCUACUUCCUCAUGGGACUAUUCAACGCAAAAAUACUGAUAAUUUAUUCCGUAAUAAUACUAUACAUGGUGCAUCAAACUCAAGAAACAAUGAAUUUUUGCUUAUAAAUGACGCCCAUACAAUGAGGAAAGCUAAAUCUCCCGGUUGGAGAGUGGGAAUCAAAAACAAUGUGGACAGCAACUAUAUAUCACGACUUCGUCCGGUAAGAGAGGAGACCCUCGAGGAAGAUCUAACUGGUAACUCCCUACAUCCUGUGCUUGGAUAG